AUGUUGGCAAGAUCCUGCCUGCGCUCGACGCGCAUCCUCAACGGUGCCCGUAAUGGCGCCACCUCCUUCGCCAAGGUACGAGAACGACGCUCUCUCAUCCUGCCCCCAGCCCGAUCGUUCGACCACCGGGAGACCCCGUCGACGGCCACCAUCGCGGCCUCAAUGGCGCUCUCUGCUGCCUCGACGGCUCAAUGCCCCAUCGCGGACGUGUCCACGUGUAAUGCUGACCGCACUCUCCCACAGCGAUCCGCCUCGACGAGCUCCGGCGCCGCGGCCGAGACCCCUACCCGUCUGAACAUCGCCGCCGCCGCCUCGACAGCCGUCGCCAUUGGCUCCGUCGCCUGGUACUACCACCUCUACGGACCGACCGCACACGCCAUGACACCGGCUGAGGAGGGUCUGCACCCUACACAGUACCCCUGGGUUCACAACCAGUGGACCAAGACCUUCGACCACCAAGCUCUCCGCCGUGGUUUCCAGGUCUACCGUGAGGUCUGCGCUGCCUGCCACUCGCUCAGCCGUGUUCCCUACCGAUCUCUCGUCGGUACCAUCCUGACCGUCGACGAGGCCAAGGCCCUGGCCGAGGAGAACGAGUAUGACACCGAGCCCAACGACGAGGGUGAGAUCGAGAAGCGCCCCGGAAAGCUCUCCGACUACAUCCCCGCUCCCUACAAGAACGACGAGGCUGCCCGUGCUGCCAACCAGGGUGCUCUGCCCCCGGAUUUGAGCUUGAUCGUCAAGGGCCGCCACGGUGGCUGCGACUACAUCUUCAGCUUGUUGACCGGCUACCCCGAGGAGCCCCCGGCUGGUGCCCAGGUCCAGUCGGGCCUCAACUUCAACCCCUACUUCCCCGGUACCGGUAUUGCCAUGGCCCGUGUUCUGUACGACGGACUGGUCGAGUACGAGGACGAGACCCCUGCCUCGACCUCGCAGAUGGCCAAGGACGUUACCGAGUUCUUGAACUGGGCCGCCGAGCCCGAGAUGGACGACCGCAAGAAGAUGGGUGUCAAGGUCCUGACUGUCACCGCGGUCCUGACUGCCCUCAGCAUCUGGGUCAAGAGAUACAAGUGGGCACCGAUCAAGUCGAGAAAGACCACCUACGACCCUCCCAAGGUCAACAAGAACAUGCGACUCUAG